AAAAAAAAAAAAAAAUAUAAAUACAACAUCAAAAGCCAAGAGUCCGUAAACUUUAGCUACUACCAACAUAAAAAAGGCAAAAAAAAAUUGUGCCAACUAGUUAUAAUUUCCAAAAAUCUUUCUUCUUCCAAAGUAUUAAUCUCUCUCUCUCUCUCUCAAAGUGGUUGAAUUUUUCCACAAUAAUUCUUCAAAUUCACAAUUAUCAUAAAUUCAUAAUCCAUCAUUUUUGCUCUAAAAUUUCAAUUUCACUAUUUGAAUUUUUGUCAGUUUGAAACUCACAGAAGUUCAGCACCAAACACAUAAAAGAAAUAGAGAAAAAAAAAAUAGCGAAGAAAAAGGAAGAAAGAGUGUAAACCAAGAAGACCCCUUUUUUGUUGUUUACAAUUUUAGGACCUAUGGUUAGUUGAGCUACAAUUCAAGCUUAGAUCUUGUUGUGUGAGAGUAGAUUGUAAUGAUGUCAAGACCAAUGCUGCUUGUUUUUUUGUUGAUAGUCCUGAUAAUCACAUCUCAGUUUGAAUGGAAGCAGCAGCUGGUGAAUGAUGUCGAACCGAGCCCUAGUAUAUCUCAGAAGCAGCAACAGAUUUCAAAGAGAGAGGAAGCUGUUAAAGAGAAGAUUAUAUUAUCACAGGAGAAGAACAUCCAGAGGCUUAACGAGCUCGUGCGGAGUCUUAGAGAACAAUUGCUUCAAUGCAGAAGUAGCAAUGAAACAAUAAACAGCAGUCUUAGCUCAUUAGCUGACAUUGCUGAAUUUGAAAAACAGCAAAUUCUUGAGGAUUAAACAGUGGCAUACAUCAAUAAGUUUUGUCAUUGUCACACCACUAAAAAUUCUCUGUGCUAUUUGUAACUAACCUUUUUUUCUGCUUAUUUUGUGUGUUCUAUGAUUCUUCUAAGUCUGCUGCUGAAAUCUUGCAAUUUAUGUAAGUUUCAUUAUACUAAUUCAUAUGACUAUACUAGUUGUGUGAAAAAAAGUAAAGAAGGAACUUUCAUUUUUGCUGAAA